AUGACAAUCCGGCACUGUCCUCACACACCAGCCUGUGCGAUGAGAGUUUUGAGGAUGAUGGCCAGCCUGGCCAAGCAGCCUUUGCUGGACUGGACGGUGGAGAGACCAGCAUGACCGAAAGUGCUGAGAGCUGCCUGCUGGAUGUUUGCGGGCUGAUCCAGAAGCUGGAUUCUGAGAGGAAACAGCUGUUGAUGGAGCAUGAAAGAGAUGAGCAGCAUAGACACUGGUUCUACAAGCAGCUGAAGACAAUCACACAGAAGAUGGAAGGCCUACAGCAUUCGGAAAAGUUUUCAGUGCAGGCAGAUAUUGCCAGGUGCCAGUUAGAGAUGGAGGCUCACAAAGUCCAGGGUGCCAUGCAAGAAAAAUUGGGGUCGGGGGAGCAGAGCAAACUUAGGCAGGAGGCCAGGUUGGACAGGAUUAGGAAUCUUGAUUCCGAGAUCAGAUCCUUACAAGUGAAAGCAAAGCAGGCAUCCAGAGACGUGAAAGAUGCUGCCACUGGGACAAUGCUGGGAAGAGAU